AUGUCGAGACAGACCGAGACCUUCCCCUCCAUUGGAACAAAUGGAAUGGCGAGCGUGCAGAAAGACGAGACACGUCCGGUGCAACGACGCAGGACGUCCAGACUCGGCGCCGAUCCUCGAGGAGAUACUGGAGGCAACGCACUCGCCACGUCCAACCUCAAAGCACCCUCUCUACCCGCCGAGGGCAACCUUUCCGCGCAUCCGAAAGAUCGAGGCCGCAAGCGCAAGAAGGCAAAGAACCUCGUCCGCCGCUUCCGCCGAGCAUCCCUCAAGCACACCUGGCUCAUCCCGUUGAUCCUCACCGCUACCAUCCUCUCCCUCUACCUCAUCUCCCCCGGCGAGCAUAACCCCCUCCACGCCGCCAUCUUCCUCUCUUACCCCAACCCUCCGCUCAACGAACGCACCAAUACCCUCCCCGCCCACAUCGGCAAUGUCACGCAAUACGGCAAGGGCCCGCGAGACAUUGCCUUUGUCGCCUUCUACACCAUCGUCCUCCUCUUCACCCGCGAAUUCCUCAUGCAACGCCUCAUCCGUCCCAUGGCCAUCCGCCUCGGCAUCCGGAGCAAGGGCAAGAUCUCGCGCUUCAUGGAACAGUCUUACUUCGCCAUCUACUUCUCCUUCAUCGGCCCUUACGGCGUCUGGCUGAUGAGCCGCACCCCUGUCUGGUACUUUAACGUCGUCGGCAUGUACGAAGGCUUCCCCCACCGUGCACACGAAGCGUACUUCAAGGCAUACUACCUCAUCCAAGCCUCCUUCUGGGUCUUGCAGGCCCUCGUGCUCCUCUUGCAGCUCGAGAAGCCGAGGAAGGACUUUCGCGAGUUGGUGCUGCACCAUGUCAUCACCGUCGCCCUGAUCGCAUUGAGCUACCGAUUUCACUUUACCUACAUGGGUAUUGCGGUGUACAUAACGCACGACGUCUCGGAUUUCUUCAUUGCGACGUCCAAGAUUCUCAACUACCUCGACUCGGUCGCGACAGGCCCCUACUACAUCAUGUUCAUGUGCAUCUGGGCAUACCUACGCCACUUCAUCAACCUCCGCAUCCUCUACUCCCUCUUCCCCUUCGAUCUGCCCUACCUCGGUAAAGCGAACCAAUUCAUGACCGUCGGCCCUUAUGCGUGGAAGUGGUCCGACGUCGACUUUCCCAACCAGCAAUACAAGUGCUUCGUCAGUCAGCCCAUCACCUUUUUCCUGCUGGCCAGCUUACAGGCGGUGAACUUGUUCUGGUUCUUCUUGAUCUGCAGAAUCUUCUGCCGCUACGCAUUCAAGGGCGUGCAGAAGGAUGAGCGGAGCGAUGAUGAGGAAGACGUGGAAGAAGUGGAGGAGGUGGACGUGAAGAGAUUGAAUGGCUCCGUGAAUAGCCACGAGAAGAGUGUGGGCAAUGUUGAGGCGGUGGCUGUGGGCAAUGGGCACGUCAGCACAGCAGACGGUGAUCGAAAGGCUACGCUCAGGAAGCGGUGA